AUGACAAGUCUCUUUUACCUCGGCAGAUAUCAAGUCUUUUUACCUCUGCAAUUACCAAGUCUUUUUACCUCCUUGAAUAUUAAAUCUCUUUUACCUAGGCGAAUACCAAGUCUCUUUUACCUAUGCGAAUAUCAACUUACUUUUACAUCUGCGAAUAUCUGGUCUCUUUUACAUCUGCGAAUAUCUGGUCUCUUUUACAUCUGCGAAUAUCUGGUCUCUUUUACCUCUGCAAUUAUAAGGUCUUUUUGUCUUGACAAAUACCAAGUCUAUCUUAUCUCUGCGAAUACCAAGUCACUUUUACAACUGCAAAUAUCUGGUCUCUUUCACCUCCGAAUAUUACAGGUCUUUUUUGUCUUGACAAAUACCAAGUCUAUCUUACCUCUGCUAAUACCAAGUGUCUUUUACAUCUUCAAACAUCUGGUCUCUUUCACCUUGUCGAAUAUCAAGUCUCUUUUACCUCUGAGAAUAUCAAGUCUCUUUUACAUCUUCAAAUAUCUAGUCUCUUUUAAGUCUACAAAUUUCAGGUCUCUUUUACCUUGGCGAAUACAAAGUCUCUUUUACCCCUGUGAAUAUCUGGUCUCUUUUACAUUUGCAAAUUUCAGAUCUAUUUUGCCUAGGCGAAUACCAUCUCACGUUUUACCUCUUCGAAUAUCACGUCUCUUUCACCUCUGGAAAUUUCAUAUCUCUUUUCAAUGUCGAAUACCAAGUCUCUUUCCCCUCUGCGAAAAUCUGGUCUCUUUACAUUUGCGAAUAUCCGAUCUCUUUUUACCAUGGCGAAUACCAUUCUGCUUUACCUCUAUGAAUGCAAGUCUCUUUUACAUCUACGAUAUGUGGUCUCUUUUUUUACCUCUGCGAUUAUCUGGUUAUUUCCGUUUACAAAUUUUAGAUCUAUUUUACCUAAGCGAGUACCAUCUCUCUCUCUUUACUUCUGCGAAUAUCAAGUCUUUUUUACAUCUGCGAAUAUCUGGUCUCUUUUUACUGGCGAAUACGAAGUCGCUUUUUAGCUAUGCGAAUAUCCAGUCUCUUUACAACUGCGAAAAUCUGGUCUCUUUUUCAGAAAUCGAAUACCAAGUUUCGUUUACCUCUGAAUAUAAAUUUCUUUUUGCUUCUGCGAAUAUCUGGUCUCGUUUACCUCUGAAUUUUCACGUCUCUUUUUACCUUGGUGAAUACGAAGUCUCCUCUGUGAAUAGUCGUCAUUACCUCUUCAUAAUUUCUGGUCUCUUUGACAUCUGCGAAUUUCAGAUUUUUUCUUUUUACCUAGGUGAAUGCCAUGUCCAGCGCCUCUCUGCCAAUAUCAGCAAAUUUCUAGUUUUUUUACCAUGGCGAAUACCAAGUCUCUUUUACAUCUGUGAAUAUCCCUGGUCUCUUGUACUUCUGCGGAUAUUAUGUCUUUUUACCUUGGCUAAUACCAAUGCUCUUUCCUCUAUUGUGAAUGUCUGGUCUCUUUUACAUUUGCAAAUUUCUUAUCUAUUUUACCUAGGCAAGUACCAUCUCUUUAUCUCUACCCCAGAUACCAAGUCUCUUUACCUCUGCGAAUAUCAAGUUUUCUUUACAUCUGCAAAUAUCUGGUCUCUUUUACUUCUGCAAAUUUCUGGUCUUUUUAACUUGAAUACCAAAAUCUCUUUACUCUGA